AGUAAACACAGUGCUUCGUAUAUAACUGGCGCGUUUUAAGAGACCACUCCACUGAAGACUUUGUUCGCUCCGUCACCAUGAAGUCCGCCAUCUUGUUUCUCAUGUUAACGCUUGUAUUCGCUGCCGAGGCGGAAAGGCACAAGAGAUGGCUUUGGAAGACAUGCAGUACGGACGUUGACUGUGGUGUGGACCGCUGCUGCAUUUCUGUACUGAAAAUCUGCGCUCCCAAGAGAGAAGAGGGGGAAUCCUGCAAUUUCUCGCACCUUCAUGGCUGUGACUGCAAAGAUGGCCUGACUUGUCAGCCGUACGGGAGCCUCAUCACCCUCUACAAGUGCAUGCCGGAGCCUGGCUCAGGAGGAGGCGCUCUUUAAACGCUAACAAAUAUAACCAUGUCACCUUGCAGUGUUGUCCUGGUUGAUGUGUUGUGGGGAUGGAAAAAAGGGCGCUCUUUAAACGCUAAUAAAUACAUCUAAGUCACUUA